AUAUUGUGGGAAGAUUCAAACUCAAUAUUGUGUGUACUGUGUUGUGUUUAUCUCUGGGAAUUUACUCUGUAUGUAUGAUCCGGUCUCUGGUCUGAAGGUUUCCGUUAUAUCCGUCCUGGCUCCUUUCUUUUCUCUAUACAGUCUUCAACCUGCCAUCCAGAACCGUCCUGUCUCUAGUACAGUUCUGCCCUACUCUUAGUGAAACUCCAGAGAAAAUAUUGAAUUAUGUUUGCUGCUCCCAACGUGUAACGAUCUGUUAUAGUAUUAGGUUGUCUUUAAGAAUCGAUGUUUAGCGAUUUCUGUUAACUGAUGUUUAUACUUAAGGAGAGCAACACCAUUGUCAACCAGUCAUGGUAGUCCAUAUUAUAAGCCUAGGGCUGACAGCUUUUGUUCUCUACCUGAGUGCCCCUGGAACAGACUUAUUCUCUUGGCAUCCUUCUCUGAUGACAGUAGCAUUUGCUCUACUUUUAUCACAGGCAAUAGUCUUAUUCUCACCCGAAAGUUCUCUGCUUCUGAACUCGGCCCGAAGCGAUAAAAUUCAAUUGCACUGGAUUCUGAACCUGUUUGCCUUUUUCGGAACGAUGGGAGGAUUUUUGGCAAUAUACUUAAACAAAGAGAUUGCUGGGAAGAACCACUUUACAACCUGGCAUGGAAGGUUUGGACUGGCGGCGGUCAUUGGAACAAUGAUCACCGCACUGUGGGGGCUAGGUGCUAAAUACAGUUCUAGUUUAAGAAGUAUAAUGAAGCCGAUCAAUAUUAAACUUUAUCAUGCAACUUUUGGUCUCAUAGUUUUUUGUCUCGGAAUGAGUGCGAUCAGUCUUGCCUGCUACUCAAACUGGGUUCGGAGAAGGGUGGAAGGUUACUUCUGGAGGAUAAUGUUCUUUACACCAAUCAUCUUAGCAGUCUGCAUAGCGAGACAAGUAACUCAGAGCUAUUUACCAAGGGUUGCAAAACCAGAGGCACCUAACUCAGAAAUCCAAGAAAGGACUAAAAAGAAGUAGUUCAAAAAAAUAAAUGAAGAGGACCUUUUUAUUCUCUGCAAACUACAGG